AUGAGUUGUAUUAGUUGGAACUGUCGUGGGCUUGGUAACCCACGAGCAGUUCAGGCCCUGAAAGAGAUGCUCAGGGUUAAGAGGCCAAACUUUCUUUUCUUAAUUGAAACUUUAUAUGAUUCUACUAGGGUGAAUGAGAUAAAAGGAUACCCAUUUACGUGGGAGCAUAGCAGAAACAGUGGUAGUUGGGUGGAAUCUAAGUUGGAUCGUGUUCUUACUAAUGCUCAAUGGCAUGCCAGGUUCUCUAAUUCUUCAGCUAAAGUGAUGGGUUUCUCUACGUCUGACCAUCUACCUAUCCUGCUUGUAGUUAAAUGUUUUGUGGAACAACGCCAUGUCCAUCGGUUCCAUUUUGAGAACACAUGGCUUCGUGAGGCUGAUUGCCGGAACCUAAUUUCUGAUAUUUGGCAAUUUUCUUCAGACAUGGAUGCUGCGGGUAAGCUUGAGGCCUGUCGUUUUGCUCUCAAAUCUUGGGGUAUAAAUCUUCGUCUUCAGCACAAAGCAGAGAUGGAUGAGUGUCUUAUUGUCAUGUCCCGUUUACGCGGCUCUCGCCUAUAG